AGUGUUUAUGUUGGUGUGAAAACGAAGAGUACAGUCAAUACAGGACUGAGGGGAGAAAGCGAGAGAGAGAGAGACAAAGUGUCUGUUCUGUUCGUGUCUUACCCAUCUCUGGAAUCAAAGAAUCUUUUUUCGAGCCUGAGCGAAGACCAAAGAAGAGGCUGAGGUUAGGGGGGAAAACAAGAUUUGGGCUAAAAUUUAGGGUUUCUUUUCCUCUUGGACUCUCUUGGGGUUUCUUCGUCUAGCUUGGCCAGCGUUAUCCAUCUUACAAGUAAUCAAGUGGCCUGACGACCUGAGCCUGGCCUUUCGCUGCAGUAUCAUGAUACUGAUUUUAAUAUUUAUGACUAGCUGAGCUUCUGUAGUUUGAACAGACUUUCUCAGGCUGUGAAUUUUAGCUGUGACCAGGUCAUGAAUGCGUGGCUGGUGUCAUGCUUGAACCAAAGGAAGCUGAUAUACCCAUAUUGUUCCUGGUCUUGGUUGUACUUCCUGUUGUAGCUUACAUCCUAUUAGGAAAAUGGAGUGAAGCUUCAGAGAGGAGGGGGAAGCUGAACGUGCUCGCUCAGAUGGCGGCUGAAGAAGCUCUAAAAUCUGAGACUGUAGCUGUUCCAAGUGGUGCCCCAGUUGUUUUUCCUUCCAAGAAUAAUGGGUUACAUGCAUGUGCGAGGUGUUUUAGUCCAGCUACAACACGGUGCUCGAGAUGCAAGUCUGUUAGAUAUUGCUCUGGGAAGUGCCAAAUAAUUCAUUGGAGGCAAGCUCAUAAGGAUGAAUGUGUCCCUGUUGAAACCUGCUCAGCCUCAUCGGAGAAGGUUGUUCCUAAGGAAGAUUCUGUUUUGCAUGCCUAUGGCAUGGAUUCUUCCUCGUACAGUUAUGGUGGUAAGCAGGCUGUGAGGGGGAAGACGGCUUUGGAAUUGGAUAAUGGAGUACAUCCUCCCAAAAAUACUGUAGAGUUCUCGAGCUUGGGUGGCCCCCAGGGUGGUAAUGGUUCUCAAGUCUUCAUGCAAGAAAGAAGUGCAGAAAAACGAAAUUCUGGCAAGCCCACCCGAGGAUCAUCUAGAACAAACAAGGGUCUUGUGCUUGAUUCCUCUGAAGAAGCUUCUUGGGGAGAGACCUCCUUUUUAGGUUGUGGUGACGACAACAACACAUUGAAGAAGGUUCACAAUAAGCAUAAGAUGAAAAAUAACAACAGCUUUCUCGUGGAAGAAAAUUCUACAAGGCAUGCUGCCAGCAGCUCUUGUACAAGGAUGAACGAACAGUCUUUUGCAAGGUGUAGUGUGCAGGAAAAUGUAAAACAACACAACUCAGAUCAUAACAGGGCAGAGGCAAGAAGCUCGUUUGGGUGUUCAAGCACACAAUGCCAUGCAAAAGGGGCCAGAACUGCUAAAUUGCCCAAAUCAGGUGUCAAAAAGUCCGGUGGUGAACAUCCUUGUACAGAGACAAGCAAGAAGGGAACAAUGGCUGAGGAAUCAAAGACUAGUAAAGAUAAGGACAUUGGUGCUGCUGAAGAAAACAAUGAUAUCUCAACAAUGGGUAUUAUGAAGAUGAUGGGUUUAAGAAAGUCUACAAAGCUUACUAGACAUAAUACUGCCGAACAGUAUGAUGAUAGACACAAGAAGCUGAAAAUGCUUUUUCCCUACGAGGAAUUCGUUAAGUUCUUUCAGUCCGACGUGUUUGACCUAUCGCCUAGGGGCCUUGUAAAUUGUGGAAACAGCUGCUAUGCAAAUGCAGUCUUGCAGUCCUUAACGUGUACGAAACCGCUUGUUGCUUUUCUGCUUCGGCGAUUGCAUUCAAGAACAUGUUGUCGGAAAGAUUGGUGUCUUAUGUGUGAACUCGAACAACACGUGAUGAUGCUUAGAGAAAUCGGUGGCCCGCUUUCGGCUAGCCGAAUUCUCUCUCAUAUGCGGAGUAUAAAUUGCCAGAUUGGUGAUGGAAGUCAGGAAGAUGCUCAUGAGUUUUUAAGGCUUUUGGUUGCUUCUAUGCAAUCCAUAUGCUUGGAAAGACUUGGCGGCGAGAGUAAAGUGGACCCGAGAUCGCAGGAAACAACAUUUGUUCAGCAUACUUUCGGUGGGCGUCUCCGUUCAAAGGUCAAAUGCUUGAGGUGCCAUCAUGAGUCAGAAAGAUACGAGAGUAUAAUGGAUCUGACGUUAGAGAUAUACGGAUGGGUUGAGUCGCUCCAAGACGCAUUCACUCAGUUCACUACACCCGAAGACCUCGAUGGAGAAAAUAUGUACAGAUGCAGCAGGUGUGCUGAAUAUGUCCGGGCGAGGAAACAAUUGAGCAUACAUGAGGCGCCAAACAUUCUCACAAUUGUUCUGAAGAGAUUCCAGGAAGGAAGAUACGGGAAAAUAAACAAGUGUAUAACUUUUCCCGAGAUGCUGGAUAUGACUCCGUUCAUGACAGGGACGGGAGAUAUCCCUCCGCUCUACAUGCUUUAUGCGGUUGUGGUUCACUUGGAUACACUGAAUGCAUCUUUUUCCGGGCAUUACAUAUCAUAUGUCAAAGAUUUACGGGGCAACUGGUUCAGAAUAGAUGACUCUGAGAUUCAUCCAGUGCCCAUGAGCCAGGUGAUGUCAGAAGGAGCGUAUAUGUUGUUCUACAUGAGAUCGCAUCCCCGUCCUCAGAGGACAGAACAUAGCAGAAAAACUCAGGUCAGGCAUUGCCAGACCCGAAACCAAACACAAGAAGGGAAGAAACCGAACAACCACUUCGUUGGCACUUCAGAUCGCAACCAGCUUAGACCGAGACCAGAUCUCGGGGAGUUCUCAGAUGACUGGUCUCUGUUCACAAGCUCGGACGAGGCUUCCUUCACGACGGAGUCCACCAGAGAUUCCUUCAGCACCAUAGAUUACACAGAAGCCUGUAAUCCCGACUCGCCCUUCUCCAUCUUCAACAACCUGUACCCCAUGGAAAUGUCUCCACACAACACUGUCGCCUGCAGAAUGUUCUCAGGUACCAAACCCGAAACCCGGUUUUUCCCCGAGGAGAAGAGUUACAGCAACACUGUCAUGGAUUCAUCCGGGGAUUAUUACAGUAGUAUGUAUGUAAAUUAUGGGCCUAACCUCGGAUACGACGGUAGUUUCUCCGUAGAUGGUAGGGAAAACCUUAACUCGGAUUCCCCCGACAUUUUUGUUGUAUGA